UAUCAAAACUCGUGACAGUUGUUAACACUAAGUGUGUAUUCAAUACAAUUUGGGCCCACAUUUGACUGCAUAUACUGUAAACACACUUCACUUUCAUUAAUCAUUUACUAACUGAUGAUAUCAUUGUUGUCUUAAACAACAAACCAUUCAAUGUUUUUAAGAUUUUAAAUCAUUUUUUUAUUACUUAUACAUAUAUUUUAACCAUUGAUCACAUCUCUGUCCAAACAUUUUAUCAAAUACUGUAUAUUAAGACUUAAAAUAAUGGGUAAAUCAAAGGGAAGAAACGCUUUCUUUCAUUUCUUGAUUCACAUACAAAACCAAAUGAAGAAAGAGGGAAAAAACUUUGGAUUAAAUAAUCCCGAACUUCAGACAAUUGCCGGCGACCUAUGGAAAGAUAUGCCCAAAGAAGAGCGACAACCGUUUGAGUUGAUGUCACAAAAGGAGAAAUCUGGUGUCAAUAGCUCAGCAAAGGUUACCAUUGAUAUAACUCCGAAGUCAUAUAAGGAACAAAAAGGGGAAAACUUUGGCCGAUCGGCGGCCAUGUGUUCGGCCAAUAUCGAUGAUGAACAGUCACGCGAAGAGUUUUUCGCCAAAUUGGUCGAGUCUUUUGUCAAAAGUUUUAAGUCAAAGACAGAGCUGAUGGACGCACCGAUAUUUAUUGUGGGAACUAAUAUCAUGAUUCGUACCGAAAGUUAUCCCUCCGAAUAUUAUCCGCUGGAAAUCGGUAUUUCGAGGUAUACUAUUCGCGAAGGCAUUCACUGUACAUAUCACGAGUUUAUUGACGCCGGAAAAGUGCCAAUCGGUUACAUGCAUAUGGCAAAUGAUUGGUCUAAAACUAGCCAUAAGAUACCGUUAGACAACUUUGAUCCAGCAGUUAGUGAUUACAAGAAAUUAGUAGAAGAUAUUGAACAGAUUCUGGAAGAAUCGCGAUUCACGAAUCCAGUGACCGGAAAGCCGACAUCGAUGCUAGUGUUUUGUCGCGAAGACGCAGUCGAACAAAAUGCAGGAGUUUUCCGUUGGUUGGCACAAAAGUAUCAAUCAGUUGUACCCGGAUUUGAAUGGGACGUAGAGUUUCUUGAUUUAGUCACACUUGUAUGGAAUAUCACUAAUUUCAUUGAACGACCUAUCAGUCAGCCAAUAGCUGAAAACAAACUCACGAGUUCUACAUAUGACUAUUCGCCGAACACUAACUGUGAGUUUCACGACGAACAGGACAACUAUAACUGUGCUCAGGGACUGACCCGACGGCUCAGUUACAUAUUGACUGAUAUGCUUUGUCCUCUAUUUGAAAUCCGGCCAACGGAACGGCAUUUGCCGCCCAAAAUAAACGUUGUGGUCGAUGCCUAUAUGGGCCGAAUCAAUGAUGUUAAUACAAUACCAAUUCGACGAUUCAAUCAAGCAUUGAGUCUUAAUGAUAACAAUUGGUCACCAAAUGAUGAUAAUGAUCAACAAAGACACCAUCAAUCUGAACGACCCGACUCUAGUGCCAGUAGUGUUCAACGUAGACCUCAGGGUAUUGGUCGCGGACGGGCUGUUUGGAAGAAAUAGUUUCAUUUUGACUACAGUUAUCAUAACUUUUGUUUAUUUUUAUCAUACAUUUUUUUAAUUGACCUAAAAAUUAUUUGACUUGCAUUUUACAUUUUAUAAUUUUUUUAUCUUACCGAAUUUACAUUUUUGUUUUAUAUAUAUUUUUAAUUUUAUCAUUUAUUUUAA